GAGCAUGCUUUGUAAAUCCCUUACUAGGCUGUAACUUAAAGCAAAACUCGAUACAGUAGUAAUUUAUAUCAUUUACGAGGGGAAUGCCCACGGCUGAGCAGGACUCCGUGCCCUCCCCAGUUCUGUUAUUUGCCGCUCUCUUUAUUUCGCUCGCCUUCUAGGAUCGGGGGAAUAGCCCCACGUAGGUGAUCCUCUAAAGUAGUCGUGUGAUCAGUGCUGGGUCGCCCUGCGCUGCCGCUAUGGAAUACUUGCUGCAGGUGAAGCUGGGCUGCUUGUUCGGUCUGCUGGUCCUUACACUCUUCUUUGGGCUGGUGCCCCCCUCGGUUAAAUGCUUUCGCAAUGCUGCUGGAAGAGAUGGACAUCAGAUGUGGCUAAGUUUCAUUAGCUGCGUAGCUGGAGGAGUGUUUUUAGCUGCCUGUCUGUUGGACAUUCUUCCCGACUUUCUUGGUGACAUGAAGGAGGAGAUGGAGAAACGGCAAAUAAAUAGUGACUUCCCUCUACCAGAGUUUAUCUUGGGCAUUGGUAUUCUACUGGUUCUCAUUGUAGAGCGUAUUGUUCUGGAAUGCUCUGAAGGAACAUCUGAAGAGACCACCCCGCUUCUUCAUGACAGAACUUCUGCUGUGCGCGACCAGCCUCACGGCCAUCAUACGGAUGUAGAGCAUUCAAGACAACACUUACACGUGGAUUUCAAUGCCCACUCCUCGUUCCGCUCUUUUGUCUUGCUCUUGUCUCUUUCCCUGCACUCCAUCUUCGAAGGCAUUGCCAUUGGACUAGAAAACCUCCAAUCAGCCGUUCUCCAGAUAGCUACAGCUAUUCUCAUCCACAAGAGUAUCAUCGCUGUUAGCCUGUCUCUGCUGUUAUUACAGAGCAAAGUUCCAACUCGAUGGUUUGUACUCUCCAUGGUCAUGUUUUCCCUGAUGUCUCCCAUUGGCAUCGGCAUUGGGAUUGGCGUGUCGCAGACACAGUCUGACGGAAGUCGCAUGGUCCAGUGUGUUCUGGAAGGCUUGGCUGCUGGGACUUUUGUCUAUAUAACAUUCUUGGAAAUUUUGCCACAUGAACUGAAUUCAAACAAAUGGCGGUUGCCAAAAGUUGUUUUCAUUUUGAUAGGAUUUUCAGCGAUGGCAGCUUUAAGAUUUUUGGGAUGACAUUAUGAAUUCAUUACAAUAUAUUAACCUCUUCCCCUACCUCUCUUUUGGGAAACUUUGGUUAAAGGUAAUUCACCUGUACUGUCUAUGCCUUCCAGAAGUCCCUUAAAUUGUUUACUUAUAUACUGUGUCGAUGCUCUGGGGCUACAAUAAGCAAAUUAAUUAUAGGGCCAAAACCAAAUGGCUGCGUCAUGCCCUAGCUGCACAGCACAAGACGUAACUUGAAGAUGUGGUUGGUGGCUUUUAUUCAGAUUCUUUUUUUAAUGUGUCCUAUAUCGACCAAGUUUUUAAUAAUGUCAUCUCACUCAACUUGAAAUAAACCUCAACCAUGUAUUACAUAGUUAGCUAGUUUCUGCACCUUGUGUGUACCUUAUUUAAAAGAAAAUGAUUUAAAAAUUACUCUAGUCCACUGAAAUCUAAUGAGACGUUACAGGAAUGUGCUAAUUAUACAUUCCUCAUUUAACGGAGUGUUAUUGUUUUAAGCCACCGAUAGGGGUGUUUCUUUCUUUUUUUUUUAAGAUUUCAAGAUCUUUAACAGUUUACAUUUAGGGCAAAAUAUAUUAAAUGUGAGGAGAUGGGGUUAGCUAUAAAAUAUCAUCUUGCGGUGUUAAUAAUGGAAUGCAAGGGUACAAAUUAGCUCUUAACGAGAAGCAUGUCUUGCUCAUGAUGGAACUCCGUCCAGGUCCUUCGAGGUUUAAAGGCAGAAGUCCUCCGUGUAAGAUAUGGGACCUCAGCAAGGACUGAUCAACUUUUAAUUUUACCACAACUCUGGGUACAACAAUUAUUAUUGUUUUUUUUGUAACCAUCUGCUCAGGAAUGUACUUUUCCGUUAUAUUCCGUUUAUUUUGUGUAUGAUGAUUGCUGCAUUCACCUGUGCCGUUGUUAACUAGAUGACUGCCAAAUCCAAGGAGUGUUUGGGACCGCUGCUAAACAUACAUUUUGCAAUAAAAUCAUACUAUUAUCUC